AUGGCAACUACUGUGACCUCAACCCCCCGAGGGACUUCAAGCCUCACUGUUGCUCCGACACAGAAUACCGCCCCGGUCCAUGAAUACCGCUGCCUAUAUACACGCGAUCUGCAUAAGAAGGCCAAGAAAUGGCACGAUGGCUCUCUUCGGUUUCACACCUUCAAUCGACGUGUCAUGGUCUACGAUGAUGCGAAGAACUACAUUGGAGACCUCCACUACACGCAAGAGGAGGAGUUUGCUGAUGGGGUCGAGAUACAGCUGGAUCGUGGAGUCAAGGUCGAAGUUGCGUCCCGAGAAGGUAGGGCCGCAACCCAGGCAGACGGCACCUGUCACAGCACGCCCACAUUCAACGGGCUUCACUCAGAGCCGAACUCAGAGGCCUAA